AUGGUUGACGAGACAACAAGGAGGCCUACUAAGCAACAAGCAGAGCAAGUGAAGGCCAUCCCCUUAAAGGGUGGAAAACUAGUGAGGUAUUUUAGUAAGGGUGAAGAAGAGGAAAGAGCAGUCCUUAAUGCUUAUCUUAAUGAUAAACAUAACAUUAUGGAGGAUAAAGAACCAAAGAAAAAACUUUUUGCAAACUUGAAUGUCAAACCAUACGGACAUCUU